CCUCAGUGCCGGCCAUGGCUGCGCUGGGUCCGGGCUCGGCGCCGCCGCUGUGGCGGUUCCUGCCCCUGGCGCUGCCCCUGGCGCUGCUGCUGGCGCUUCCCCUGGCACCUGCCCUGGCACUGCCCAUGCCGACCCCGGCCGCGGCCCGGGAGCGGCUGGCGGAGGCGGCGGCGGGCUGGGGCUGGCGGAACCUCUCCUGCCCUGUCUGCAAGGUCCUGUUCGCUGCGCUGGAUGUGGCGCUGCAGACGGAGCCCAACGUGGCGCGCGUGGGCCGCGUGGCCUCGCGGCUGUGCCAGGAGCUGCGGCUGGCACGGGCCGCGGUGUGCCAGCAGGCGGUGGCGCUGUUCCAGCGGGACGUGGUGACGGCCUGGGCGCGCUCGGUGCUGCGGCCGGGCGAGGCGUGCGGGCUGCUGCUGGGGCAGCGCUGCGGGCACUGGGACAUCCUGGCCGACUGGAACCUCACCAUGCCCAGCACCCCCAAGCCCCCGGUGCGGCCGCCGGUGCCGCCCCCGCCCGGCGCGCCCGUGGAGCACAUCCUCUUCCUCACCGACCUGCACUGGGACCGCCAGUACCAGCCUGGCAGCGCCGUGGAGUGCCCCGACCCGCUCUGCUGCCGGGGGGCGCCGCUGGGCACCGCGGGGGGCGCCGGCUUCUGGGGCUCCUACGGCAAGUGCGACCUGCCCCUGCACACCAUCGAGGCGCUGCUGCAGCACGCGGUGGGCACCGUGGCCAACGGCAGCCUGGGCACCAGCCGGCCCAUCGUGGGCCCCUGGCAGCAGCCCCUGGCUGGCACCCGCCUCGCCGCGCCGGGCAGCGCCGAGCCCGGUGCCAGGCUGGAGGCGGCCGAGGGGAAGACCCCUAAGGGCGGCGAGGCUGGUGCGCAGGGUGCCCGCGGUGCCAGCGAGCCGAGGCAGUUCGCUGCCGUCUACUGGACCGGGGACAUCCCUGCCCACGACGUGUGGCAGCAGAGCCGAGCGGACCAGCUGCGGGCGCUGCGCACCGUGACCGAGCUGGUGCGCGGGCGGCUGGGCGCGGUGCCAGUCUACCCCGCCGUGGGCAACCACGAGGCCACCCCCGUCAAUGCCUUCCCCCCGCCCAGCGUCGGCGGCAACCAAUCCGCGCAGUGGCUCUACGAGGCCAUGGCACAGCUCUGGCAGCCUUGGCUGCCCCCCGACGCCCUCCGCACCCUGCGGCGCGGAGGGUUCUACACGCUGCGGCCCAGCCCCGGCCUGCGCCUGGUGUCCCUCAACAUGAACUUCUGCUCCCAGGCCAACUUCUGGCUGCUGCUCAACGCCACCGACCCCGCGGGGCAGCUGCAGUGGCUGCUGCGGGUGCUGCAGGACGCCGAGCGCCAGGGCGAGAAGGUGCACAUCAUUGGACACAUCCCCCCCGGGCACUGCCUGCGGGCAUGGAGCUGGAACUACUACAGGAUAGUGAACAGGUUCGAGGGCACCAUCGCGGGGCAGUUUUUCGGGCACACUCACCUGGACGAGUUUGAGCUCUUCUACGACGAGGAGACGCUGAGGCGCCCCCUGGCGGUGGCAUUCCUGGCGCCCAGCGCCACCACCUACAUCGGCCUCAACCCCGGGUACCGGAUCUACACGGUGGCAGGGCAGUACCCGGGCAGCAGCCGCGCGGUGCUGGACCAUGCCACCUUCAUCCUCAACCUGACCGAGAGCCGCGGCCCGCCCGAGCCGCCCAGCUGGCAGCUGCUGUACCGUGCCAGGGAGGCGCUGGCACUGCCCAGCGCCUUCGCGGGCGCCUGGGAGGAGCUGGUGCGGCGCCUGCAGGCCCAGGGGCAGCUCUUCAGCCGCUUCUGGUUCCUGCGCCACAAGGGGCACCCCCCGCGGGCACCCUGCGGGGCACCCUGCCAGGCUGCCACCCUCUGCGCCCUGCGCACCGCCCGCUCCGGGGACCCGCAGCUCUGCCGCCACCUGCGCCCGCCCCUGCCGGCCCCCGGGCACGGCCUCUGCUGACGGCGGGCACCGCGCCGCGGGGGUGGCAGCGCGGGGGGCGCCAGGAUGGCCCCCGCUGAGGGCACCGCGGGUCAGCAGUGCUGGCACCGGGGGCACCGGGGACGGGGGCACAGCGCAGGUGGCAUAGGAAUGUGGGCAUCAGGGGUGGUGGCACCAGUGGGACUUCUGCCGUGGCAUCAGGACAGCAGAACAGGGGGCACCAGGAGGCCACCACCAGCAGCAUGCCCUCUGCUGGGGGCACCAGGAGGCUGGCACACUGGGAAACUGAGACACCUGGGCACAGGGAUGCUGGGGUAGGACACUGGCACACACACUGGGCACAGUGGCACAGUGAGGCACCAUGACAUUGGCACACUGUGAUGCCAGGACACUGGCACACUGGGUGUGUGCCCCCCCUCACUGCCCCCCCCAGGCUGCCCCCGGGCUGGCACAAUAAAAGUUGGCGCAGCA